UUCAAGCCACACACAAAACCACUCUCACCAACUCUCACUUCACUUCACUUCACUUCACUUCACUAGUUCCUGACAUUGAUCAUGGCUGACUUGUUGGAAUGGCCAAAGAAAGAUAACCGCCGUUUGCUUCAUGUUGUGUAUCGUGUCGGUGACCUUGAACGCACCAUCAAGUUUUACACUGAAGCUUUAGGAAUGAAGCUUUUGAGGCAGAGAGAUAUUCCGGAGGAGAAAUACGCCAAUGCUUUUCUUGGAUUUGGCCCUGAAGAAACUCACUUUGUUGUCGAAUUAACUUAUAAUUAUGGGGUGAGCUCGUAUGACAUUGGGAAUGGCUUUGGACAUUUUGCAAUUGCAACUCAAGAUAUUCACAAAUUGGUUGAACACAUCAGGGGCAAGGGUGGGAACAUCACUAGGGAGCCUGGUCCAGUUCAGGGAGGAACAACUGUGAUUGCCUUUGUGAAGGAUCCUGAUGGUUAUACUUUUGGACUCAUCCAAAGACCUACAGUUCAUGACCCCUUUUGUCAAAUAAUGCUUCGUGUUGGUGAUUUAGAACGUGCAAUUAACUUUUAUGAAAAGGCUUUGGGCUUGAAGGUGUUGAGGAAGGUUGAUAAGCCUGAGUCCAAGUACACUGUUGCUAUUCUUGGGUAUGCAGAGGAACAUGAGUCAACUGUUCUGGAGUUGACAUAUAACUAUGGCAUCACCGAAUACUCUAAGGGAAGUGCUUAUGCACAGAUUGCUAUUGGAACUGAUGAUGUAUACAAGAGUGCCGAGGUAGUUAACCUAGUUGCGCAAGAGCUUGGAGGAAAGAUUACUCGGCAACCAGGGCCAAUUCCCGGCCUUAACACAAAAGUCACUUCUUUUUUGGAUCCAGAUGGAUGGAAAACUGUAUUGGUUGACAAUGAAGAUUUUCUGAAGGAACUGAAGUGAAGAGCGUGCUUUACAUGAAGUAGUGGUCCUUGUGCUUUGUGUGAAUAAGUUGUCUGUCUCACAUUGAUGAGUGAUCGUUGUGUGUGUUUAUCAGUGCACUAGUCAUCAGAAUGUUUGCUUUCAAAUGAUCUGUAAUGGACUUAAUUAAAGCACAGUUGAAACCUUUUGCUUGCUAUCUAAUAUCUAUCAUUAGUCUGCUAAUUCAUAGUAUACUGAAUCUUGAUUA